AUGAGCUCAAGCGAACCAAGCUUCAAGAUUGGACUGUUGGACACACCUGAAGAAGUGGCCAAGAAACUCAAAAAAGCAGUAUGCGUGCCAAGAGAGGUGGAGGGAAACGGCAUUAUUGCAUUCGUUGAGCAUGUGAUCUUUCGUAUACUUGCACUGAAGGGUGCGGCAGAAUUUGUCGUGGAGCAGCAACAUGGAGAGUCUCUUGUCUACCAAGACAUCACCAAGCUCAAGCAAGACCAUGAGCAAGAUAUUCUGGCACCACAGGCGAUCAAGCCAGCACUGAUUAGGACUGUCAAUGAGUUGUUGAAACCAAUUCGGGAAGAAUUUGAGACGUCAGAAGAAUGGCAAUAG